AUGUCGGCUCUUCCAUUAGCUUCUAUCGGGGAAUUUUACAUUAAAUCUAGCGCAUCUCCCUCCGGUAAUGCAACUUUGCUUGCCCCUGCCGCUCAAAAUUUAGUCGUUGACGUAGAACACGGUGGUUUCUUUGGAGGCUGGAGUACUGCUAAAGAAGGAACAAAAGCAAUCCUCGCUACUCAAAAAAGCGACAAAGAACACGACACUUAUCAAUUAUGGAAAUACGACGAUGGUUGGAUUAUUCACAAACAAAGCUCUUUAUGUUUAGAAGUUGAAAAUGGUAAAUCUGGUAACCGCCUGUUACUUCAUUCCAGAAAAAGUCCAAAUCAAGCUAUCAAUCAAAGAUGGGUCUUUACCAACGAAGGUCACAUUGCUUUGCAAAAUAAUCCUAAAUUAGUAUUGGAAAUAAAAAGCUCAUCUGCGAAAGAUAAUGCACCAAUUAUUUUGAGCGAUAGCAAAUCUGAUCCAUAUGUUAGAGUUUUCCAUCAAAGUAAUACCAAAGAGCCUUUGUUAGCAACUCGCGUUAUUGAUAACGAGUUGAAUCCUGUUUGGAAUGAAGUUCAUUAUUUACCUGUAAAUCAUAUCGGAGAAAAAUUCAUCCUUGAAGUAAUGGAUCACAAUACUAUAACUAAACAUGUAGCGCUUGGUCAAGUUAAUUUUGAAAUUACAAGAGAACUUGUUAAAGAAGUUGGUGAAAAUACCUAUGAACCUAAUCCAAAUGGAAUAGAUGUACUCUCAACUCAAGGCCAAAUUCAUUAUAAAGCUAAAUUCUUUUCAUUAGCCGCUCCUCGAAAAUUAUCUCCAGAUUUUCUUGCAAAUCUUAAAGAAAAACCUUUUGAUUCUUCCACACUUUUUAAUGUUAUCACAUUACAAUCAUCGGACGGUAGCUUUUCUAGCUCACCCCUUUUGGCAAACUUAUUUGGUUAUGAAAAAUCAGAAGAACUUAUGACUUUAUUCCGUAAACAUAUCAAAAAUGAAAGAUUAUCGAAAGUUAAAGAGUCUGUUUGUAUAACUAGCAUGGUCAUGUGGUUCUUAAUAUAUUUAUUCAAAGAUCUCCGUAAAGAAUGGAACAGUACUUAUUUACGUGCUGAACAAUACAUCAUUAAAGAAGCAGGCGGUAGUUAUGAAUUGGAAGAACUUAUAGUUUCAACUGGUAAAUGUGCUAUCCGUGAUCGUUUUGACAUUAAAGUAUCAGAGGAAAUAGAAAUCACGGUUACUCGUGUACAAAACAUAAUAAAAUAUCAAAACAGCGAUGGUUCAUUUAAAAUUGAUGAUAAUGUUGCAAAAUUACUUGGUUUUGAAUCUAUCGAGAAGCUUACUUUAAUUCUUACACAACACAUAAAGUCACAUUCUUCUAAUAGUUCAACAAUAUCUAAAUUAGAAAUCAAUGUUUGGAUUACUAUCCUUGUAAUUUAUUACUUACGUCUUAUUUGUAUCGAACACAAAAAAACAUGGAUUUCUCAACAUGAAAAAGCUUAUGUUUGGUUAUGGAGCAUAUUUUUAAGCGAAGAAGUUGAAAGUGAAACCUUUUCAACAAUUAAAUCAUUUGUGAAGGAAGUAUACGACAUACAAAGUGAGACCUUGGUAUCAGAUAGUAAAUUCGAGACUGAAUUUGCUACCAAAAAAACCACUAUAAAAUCAUCUAUUAGUAGAAGCUCACAACAUGAGAUUGAAGAACAUCAAAAAAUUACUUCUUCGCCAAAAACUAAAAUAUAUACCCGAAAAACUGUUACUAUCAUUAUUGUACGUCGCUUCCUCGGUUAUCAAACAAGUAGUGGUUGUUAUGAACUUAGUAAUCAAUUAUCUCAAUCACUUGGAUUUUCUUCAAGUGAAGAAGCAAAAACUCAAUUGUUAAAACAUUUCUCCUCAUUUUCUCGAUCUUCCAGACUUGAUGUUAAUAUUUGGAGCACUGCCAUUAUGAUUUGGUAUCUUCGUUAUGUCUUGAUAGAUUUCAGAUAUGAAUGGAUUGAAUAUUACAAUAAAUCUUUGAAAUGGCUAAGUAGUACUGUGAAAGAUAAAGAAACUGAAGAGGAGGUUCUUGAGGCUGCCAGAAUAUUUGUCAAGAAAAGAUUUGAAGUAGAAGAAUCUACAAUACAAGAAGUCAGCAGCAGCAUUUUUGUAAAACAUGAAACUAUCACAGUCGAAACCACAAAAACCAUCACCUCUAAACAAAAUAAAGACGGCUCUUUCCACAUUUCAGAUACACUUUCUGGAAUUCUUGACAUUUCCUCAGAUACAAAAUCUCAAUCAUUCACAUCUACCAUUCAAACUUAUGCUGUCAGCGAGCGUCUCAAGAAAACUACUACACAUUAUACUUGGUGGACAACUGCAAUUACCAUCACUUAUCUAAGGUUACAUGCUUCAACUCAUGAAACAAUCUGGAAAAUUCAUUAUGAAAAUGCCAGAAAAUAUUUAAGUGAACAAAUCAAAGACGCAGAACUUGAAGAAGAACUUUUGAAAACUUGCUUUAAACUUGUUGAAGAAAAAACAACCAAAAAAGUAACCACUGGUACUACUAAAGUUACUGGAGCAACAUCAACCAUCGGAUCAACAAUUAGCAGCAUUUUUGGAAGACAUGAUACUAAAUCAGUUGAAACUACAAAGACCAUCAUCUCUAAACAAACCAAUGAAGGCUCAUUUUGUAUUUCCGACACACUUUCUGAAAUUCUUGACAUAUCCUCAGAUACAAAAUCUCAAUCAUUCGAAUCUACCAUUGAAACAUAUGCUGUUAGUAAAAGCCUCAAGAAAACCACUAAACAUACCACCUGGUGGACAACUGCAAUUACUAUUAGUUAUCUUAAAUUGCAUGCUUCCUCUCAUGAAACGACUUGGAAAGUUCAGUAUGAAAAGGCCAGAAAAUAUUUAAGUGAACAGAUCAAAGAUGCUGAGCUUGAAGAGGAACUUUUGAAAACUUGUUCUAAAAUUGUUGAAGAAAAAACGACCAAAAAAGUUACCACUACAAGUAGUUCCACCGUAACACAAUCACAUGAUAAAAAAGGAGAGAAGAAACAUGAAGAAGAACAUGAAAGUAUUAUUGGUGGAGUAACAUCAACCAUUGGAUCAGCAACAUCAACCAUUGGAUCAACAUUUAGUGGAUUCUUUGGAAAACAUGAUACUAAAUCAGUCGAAACCACAAAAACUGUAAUUUCCAAACAAACCAAUGAAGGCUCAUUCCAAAUCUCUGACACACUUUCUGAAAUUCUUGACAUUUCCGCAGAUACAAAAUCUCAAUCAUUCACCUCUACCAUUCAAACAUAUGCUGUCAGCGAACGUCUCAAGAAAACCACUACACAUACCACCUGGUGGACAACUGCAAUUACUAUUAAUUAUCUUAAAUUGCAUGCUUCCUCUCAUGAAACAACAUGGAAAGUUCAAUAUGAAAAGGCCAGAAAAUAUCUAAGCGAACAGAUCAAAGACGUUGAACUCGAAGAGGAACUUUUAAAAACUUGUUCUAAAAUUGUUGAAGAAAAAACGACCAAAAAAGUUACCACUACAAGUAGCUCCACUGUAACACAAUCAUAUGAUAAAAAAGGAGAAAAGAAACAUGAAGAAGAACAUGAGGGUAUUGUUAGUGGAGUAACAUCAACCAUUGGGUCAGCAACAUCAACCAUUGGAUCAACAUUUAGUGGAUUCUUUGGUAAACAUGACACUAAAAAAGUCGAAACCACACAAACCAUCAUCUCCAAACAAACCAGUGAAGGCUCAUUCCACAUUUCCGACACACUUUCUGAAAUUCUUGACAUUUCUUCUGAUACAAAAUCCCAAUCAUUCACAUCUACCAUUCAAACAUACGCUGUCAGCGAACGUCUCAAGAAAACUACUACACAUUAUACUUGGUGGACAACUGCAAUUACCAUUAGUUAUCUUAAAAUACAUGCUUCCUCUCAUGAAACAACAUGGAAAGUUCAAUAUGAAAAGGCCAGAAAAUAUUUAAGUGAACAGAUCAAAGACGUUGAACUUGAAGAAGAACUUUUGAAAACUUGUUCUAAAAUUGUUGAAGAAAAAACAACCAAAAAAGUUACCACUGAUACUAAAACCAUUGUCGUCGAACAUACUACCGCUGAGAAUAUUUUUAGUGGAGUGACCUCAACUAAAACUGUUUCUUAUAAACAAGAUGGGUACAUUAAUUCAGAAUUGAUUGUUGUCGGUGCAGCUUGUUAUGCAAAAUGUAAAUGUACAAAACAUUUUACACGAACCAAAGAAGCAUUUAGUAAAGAAAAGGCCAACGAAAUUAUUGCUCAAUAUGCAACUGAAGAAGUUGAAAGAUUACUUUCUUCUAAUCCUACUCGUGAUAAUAAGGAUGAUAUUAUCAAACGUGCUAAACAGGCGGCUAGCUUUAUUAUUGAUGAAUAUAUUGUUAAGACUGGUGGAAAAGAAUGUUAA